GUGCUUGUUUAGUACGACGUGUUUGUAAAUAUAUUAGAAAACAAGAAAACAUCCAGUUUAGCGGGAACAGUCCAUACACAUAGUCGUUUGCGAUUAUCUCGUUUGUAACUCUAAUACAAAGACCGUCUGCUCGCUACGAUGGGAGUUCCGGCUUUCUUCAGGUGGCUGAGCCGCAAAUAUCCAUCGGUGAUUGCCGACUGUGUUGAGCAGCAGCCCGUCGAAGUCGACGGAGUGAUGAUCUAUCCCAACUCUGCUGAAUCAAACCCCAACAACAUCGAAUUUGACAACCUUUAUCUGGAUAUGAACGGCAUCAUUCACCCUUGCACUCACCCUGAAAACAAACCUGCACCCAAGAAUGAGGAGGAGAUGAUGAUCGCCAUUUUCGAGUGCAUUGACCGUCUGUUCCGCAUUGUUCGUCCCAGGAAAGUUCUGUACAUGGCCAUCGAUGGAGUGGCUCCCAGGGCCAAGAUGAACCAACAGAGGUCCCGUCGUUUCCGUGCCUCUAAGGAAACUGCUGAAAAACUCGAGGAAAUCGCAAGAAUCCGGGAUGAUCUGCGAGCCAGGGGAAUAAGUUUGCCGCCAGAGAAACCUAAGGGCGAGCACUUUGACAGCAACUGCAUCACACCUGGAACUCCAUUCAUGGCGCGUUUAUCUGAAUGUCUGCACUUCUACAUCCAUGAAAGAUUAAACAGUGAUCCUGGUUGGCAAAACAUCAAAGUUUUUCUGUCAGAUGCGAACGUUCCCGGUGAGGGAGAACACAAGAUCAUGGAUUACAUUCGAAAACAGAGAGCUCAACCAGAUCAUGACCCAAACACUCAGCAUGUGCUUUGCGGAGCUGACGCAGACUUGAUCAUGUUGGGUUUAGCUACCCAUGAACCUAAUUUCACUAUCAUCAGGGAGGAAUUCAAGCCGAAUCAGCCUCGUCCUUGUGAAAUUUGCGGCCAAGUUGGGCAUGAAGUGAAAGAUUGCGCUGGUGUAGGUCAUGAGCAGACCAAUGAUGCAGAUAUUCCAAUUGGGUCGGAGCCAAAUUUCAUUUUUGUUCGACUCUGUGUGCUGCGGGAAUACCUGGAAAAAGAGCUACAGAUGCCAAAUCUUCCAUUCCAAUAUGACUUGGACAGGGCCAUUGACGACUGGGUCUUCAUGUGCUUUUUCGUAGGAAACGAUUUCUUACCCCACCUGCCGUCAUUGGAGAUCAGAGAGGGUGCCAUUGAUAGACUGGUUACUCUUUACAAGAAGGCCGUUUACAAAACUGGGGGCUGGCUAACAGACAGCGGAAAUGUGUCUUUGGAACGCGUACAGCUGAUCAUGACAGAGUUGGGCGAAGCAGAAGACAGCAUUUUCAAAAAGAGACAGGAGACGGAUAAGUAUUUCCGGGAAAGGAACAAGAAGAACAGAAGGAGAGAACGGAUGACAAGAAGUUUCCAAAGACCAUCAAGGGGCCAGUUCGCACCACAGGCUCUUGGAAGGAAUCAACAUGUGAAUCCAGUACAAAAUGCCAGGCAAGAAGCAUAUCAAAUGAGAAUGCAGGGGGUUUCUGCUGCUGAACGACAAGUUCGAGGUGUUGAUCCGAAUGCUGCUCUCAAUUCAAUGCUGCGUCCAGAGGGCCAAGGUAAUCAGGCGCAGGGUCAGUGGGGUCAAAGGGGAAACCAGGAUCGCAAUGACGAAGACUCAAAUUCUGAGCCAGAGCCUGAUGAUGAAGUGAGGCUGUGGGAGGACGGUUUCAAAGAUCGCUACUACUCCUCAAAGUUUGGCGUUGAAGUGUCAAACAUUGCGUUCAGAUAUAAACUUGGACUAGAGUAUGUCCUUGGACUGUGCUGGGUUCUCAAAUAUUACUACCAGGGGUGCGCUUCCUGGAAGUGGUAUUUUCCACACCACUACGCACCUUUUGCCUCAGAUUUUGUCAACAUUACUGCUCUCAACAAGGAAUUUGAGAUGGGAACUCAACCGUUCAGGCCACUGGAGCAGUUGAUGGGAGUGUUCCCAGCAGCCAGCAGUUCCCAUGUUCCUGAACCAUGGGCUGAGCUGAUGAGUGACCCUCAUUCAGAAAUCAUAGAUUUCUACCCAACUGACUUCAAAAUUGAUUUGAAUGGCAAAAAGUUUGCAUGGCAAGGAGUGGCAUUGCUGCCUUUUGUCGAUGAAGCUAGGUUAUUCCACGCACUUGAGCCCUAUUACGAAAAGCUGACUAAAGAAGAAGUAAAGAGGAACGUGAGAGGAGAUGACAGGCUCUAUGUUAGCAACUACCACCCUCAUUCAAAUUUCCUCAAUAUUUUAUAUGAAUCGGACAAUUUUGAUCAGGAGUUUGAGCGUGUCAUUGAGGGCGUAAAAGGAAGGCUACUUUUAGCACGGGACCGAGUCAGCUAUGGAGGGGCAUUGCGCUCUCCAUUGAGAUCUUUGACAAAUGUUACAGGCAACAGUGUCGUUUGUGUUCGCUUCCGGGACCCUGCUUAUGAUGACAAAUUCAUUUUCCCAGCAAGGAGACUGCCAGGUGCAAUAGAUCCACCCCGGGUACUGAAACCAGAAGACUACGACCCGAACAGAGGCCAGUGGAGACCUCAGAUUGGCAUGGCUCCACCGUCCCACAAGGUGGCUGUAAACGAGGCUGGCUUCAGAAUGAUACGUCAUGGUGCCGGCAAUUACAAUCAGCGCGGUAGUUACAACCACAAUCCUAACAAUGGAUACAACUCGCAAUCAGCAAGAGGCCACAUACCUGAUGUCUUAGGUCUGGCAAACCUGCAUGUCACGCCUCCCAGGGGUCCUUCGGAGUCCCCUAAGGAGCCCUUGCGCAUUCUGACCAGACCCAAAAAGGAACAGGCGCCUUCCACCGAAUCAGGGGGUCAUCAAGUUCCUCCCAGGGCCAGGGCCCAAGAAAGGCCCAUGCAAAUUCUUGUCAAGCCACCAAAGGAGAAGGCGCCAACUGACGAUUCGAGGAUGCGUCAAGCACCCCCAAAAGGGCCCGUGAAAAUUCUGGUCAAACCCUCAAAGGAGCCGGCUAGAGUUCCUGAACAUAGGGAACAAUUAGCUGCAACUCAAUACUCUAAGGCUGAAACUGAAUUCAACAAAAGUAGAGAAGGAAAUCGCACAAACCCUGAUGAAAGUGAAAAAGUAGUUGAAUCAGUUGAUAGACAAGGUCCUCGCGGUAGAGACCAUAGACGAGGCAGAGAGCGUGGAAGCCGGGGCUACUACAGGGGCAACGGCAGAGGAGCCCCACCGCCUCAAGAGAGAGGUCGUGGCUGGGGUCACAGAGGCGGCGGCGGCGGCGGCUACAGAGGUGGCUAUCAGCAGCGGGGUGGAGGUGGAUACCAACAGAGAAGCACCUACGAAGGACAAACUCAGGGAUACUUUACCAGCGAAGACAAAAGAGACCGUAGCGGGCCCUCGCGCGGACACCAAGGCAACAACCAGCGGUUCAACCCUUAUCACCAGAGAGAUGACAACCGACGCUCUCAGCAAGGCUACGGUCAGCACCAGCGGGGCGGCGGCCGGGGAGGAGGUCGAGGAGGCGGCAGAGGUGGCUAUGAGCAGCAGCAGCAGCCUCAACACCACCGCUUCUGAGGCCGCUGACCACGACGACGAGAGGAGGGUGUGCAGUUGCCACGACGACAACGCCAGACAUAAGCCACUAUUCAUUUUCAUUGCUCCACGUUCUGGCCAAAAUGCACGAGCCGCGUGUGAUUCUGAUUUAUAUUAUUACUACAAAUAUCAUGUGCACCCCUCAAACUGCGCGCAAUAUUUUACGUACGAUAAUAUAAACUCCAGUGUCAUUUGUUGGCAACUACAAGAGAAGAUGUCCACUGUGCAGCCAACAAAGGUGUUUGGCGUUUGCGUGAUUAAGGCUCUGGUGUUCAAAGAGUGGUAAUUGAUCUAGAUAUUUUUUUUACUUAAACCAAAUUGACCGUGUCUUAUGUUCUAUAUGCAGAAGUUUACAAUCAAUUAUUGUAAUUUUUUGGAAAAUAAAUAUUAGUCUCAACCCCAA